UGGUGGAGGGCGUUCAGCCAAUCGCGAAGUCUCUGGGAGGUGUGUGUGUGGCGCAGGAGGAUUUUCCCCGUUGUCGUCUGCCCUAACUCGAGCCAUCAUGGCGGAGUUCGCGGGACGUGACGGCAGCGGUGCAGCCAGCGAGGGGGGCGAGCUGGAAAACACCGGAGAAGGGGCCAACGCCAUGGAGGGGGCGGACAGCGAGGACGAGGAGGACGUGUUUGAGGUGGAGAGUAUCCUGGACUCGAAGGUUGAAGGGGGGGAAGUGCUGUAUCGUGUCCGAUGGAAGGGGUACGAUUCUGAUGGGGAUACUUGGGAGCCAGAGGCCCAUCUGGAUGACUGCAAAGAAGUCCUUCUCGAAUUUAAACGGAAACAAGCUGAAAGCAAGCAGAAAGCUGUCAAAAAAGAGACCCUGCCAAAGUUUAGUGAUCUUUUUGACGCGGAAUCUGACAGUGACGUUACACAUGGCACUAAAGAUGAGUCUAACCAGAAAAAGAAGAAGCCAAAAGAAGAUGAUGACAAGAAUGCACAAGAGGACUUGAAAAAGAAGUCAAAAUCUGGUAAAAAUAAGGAGAAGUCAAAGGUUGAGGCAGAACCAUCUGAAAACCAACUUGCUGACUCCAAGCCAAAGAAAAGGUUGUCAGAAAGCAAAGAGGACCUAAGUAGCAAAAAGCCAAAAAAGGAAGAGACUAAGAAAUCUAAGGAGGACAAUAAGGAUGGUAAAGUGAAGGGUAAAGAGGAACUUAAAGAGAAAACGAAAAAAGUGCAUGAAGUGGAGCACCCUGAAAAGCCAGAAACUCCAGAGCCUGAGGCAAAUGCUGAGGGUCUAAACAGUGACGUUCUUAUGAAUGAUGAGGAAAAGCUGGGUCAGGAAGAGGCCCUGAAAAGCCUGGAGAUGGUCGAUGCUCCCGUGGAUAAGACCGUCAUUAGCCCAAUGGACAUGGAGACUGAUGAGCUGAAACUGAAAAAAAAGAAAAAGAAACAUAAGAAAAAAACUGAAAAAGAUGAUAACAUGAAAUCAUUAUUUAUGGAGGAAACCCAUGUGGAGAAGAAGAGUCUUCUGAAAAAACAGAAGUCCCUUGAUAAGGUAAAGGAACCAAUCGUUGCAGAAAAGCCACCAGCCCCGAUCUCAAAAAGCUCUAGGCAGAGUACUGAAGACAGAGCAAGGAAAUCUGUGGACUCCUUGAUAGAGGCUAAAGAAGCAAAAAAAUCUUGGCUGUCCAAAGAAAAGCCCAAGAAGAAGCAUGAUGCAGAAAAAGAGGCAAGAAAGGAGCCAAAGGUGGUAAAACAUAUCAAGGAGCAGAAAGCAGUGCACGAUGCCUUCACAGUAUCGGCUGAAGACCGGGAAGAGUGUAUGGAGAGUACCAAGAAAAAGGAAGACACAACCUUGGACUACAGACCUCUGGAAGAUUAUAAGACGAAGGAGGUGAAAUCUGCUUUCAAAGACAGGAGGAGUACACAAGAUGAGGCCGAUUCCUGGACAUAUGGAGCAUCAGAAGGAGAUCAGGAGGUUAUGGACAGCUUGUGUCACCUACAGGAGAGCUCAGGAGCUCUGGACAGUAGGUCCCAUGUUGUGGGAAUGGAUCUGCAGUUGGAAUGGAUGACGCUGGAAGAUUUUCAAAGGCACCUUGAUGGAGCGGAUGAACUUAUUCCAAAAGACCCCAUAUCAAAUAGUGCCCUGAAAGAAGCCGUAAAAAAUUGUGACUACUUGACUGUAAAAUAUGCACUUAAUUCCAAAGAAGAAUAUAACUUGGACCAAGAGGAUGCCAGCGGGAUGACUUUAGUCAUGAUGGCUGCGGCUGCAGGGCAGGAUGACAUACUGAGGCUUCUAAUAAAGAAGGGAGCAAAAAUCAAUGCCAGGCAGAGGAACGGAACAACUGCCCUAAUUCAUGCAACUGAAAAGAAUCACCUGACAACAGUGGCUCUCCUAUUGGAAGCUGGAGCUUUUGUGAAUAUACAGCAAACGACUGGAGAAACUGCCCUGAUGAAGGCUUGUAAAAAAGGAAAUAUCGAUUCUGUGCGGCUCUUGAUAGAACAUGGUGCAGACUGUAAUAUACUAACAAAGCACCAGAGCAAUGCUUUACAGUUCGCUAAACAAAGUGAUAAUGCGGUCUAUGAGUUGCUGAAUGGCCAUUUGCAAAAACUUUCCCGGGUGGUAGAAGAUGCUAUAAAGGAUUAUUUUGAGGCCCGUGUUUCAGUGCUUGAGCCCAUUUUCCCAGUUGCCUGUCACAGGCUUUGUGAGGGACCAGAUUUUUCUUUAGAUUUCAAUUACAAAGCCCCGUUUAACAUACCUGAAGAAUCUGGAAUUCUUUUGUUUGUUUUUCAUGCGAACGUCUUUGGUAAGGAAAUGGUGGUUCGGCUCUGUGGGCCAUGUAGUGUCCAGGCUGUGGUGCUGAAUGACAAAUUCCAGCUUCCGGUGUUUUUGGAAGCUCAUUUUAUUUAUUCCUUCAGUCCUGUCCCUGGAGCUAAUAAACUUUUUAUAAGACUAUCUGAGGUGCCCACUGGAAAGGUGAAGCUGCUGAUUUGUGCAUACAGAGUACAGCUGCAUUAACCGAAGAGCCACAGCCGCCCUCCCCCUUCGGUUUAGUGACUAAGACUUCCUGUACUGCAGUAAUAAAAGAAAAGGGACCGGUCUGCCAGGACUGCCCAUCCUCUGUGUUUUUACUAGAAGUACCAUGUACAGUAGAGUAUUUUAUUUGCAGGUCACUGUUUCUGUGCCGUGGUUCUGGGGUUUACAGUUUGUGUGUCAGUACAGAGAUCCCUGUACCACAGAAAUCUUCUCUAAUGAACUGAACAUCUAUUAUGUAUUUUUGUUUUAACCCCAUCCCCACCCCUCUUCAUCCAAUAUUGUGGACUUAAGCCUAUUCUAUACUAUCUGCUCCCCGCACAUCAGUCAUGUGACUAUUGGCCUCUGCGCUGCUCAUCAUGGAGUUUCUGUUACCACCUUUUGCGAAAAUUUUGCACAGACGGAAAUGUCAUUUUUUUGGCCUGAUGAGGAGGAGGCGGAGGCAGCGGUGACUUUUCCAUAAGACCCCAGGAUGUCUGUAUAUAGGCGGUGAAUGCUCGCGGUCGGCUUCGUUGCUGCCGUGCGGGUGAAAAAGGACGUGUAUACAUAAAGAUGAGUUGUCAUCUUGGCCCUUUUACCACAUCUAAUGUCAAAAUAUUUCCACAAUGUGGAAUAACGCAUUAUAGUGUCUGUAUUUUGCAGCUUUCAAUCGAAUAUAAUAUAGAGAGCGAUAUUUAAUGUUACCUGAUAUUAUGAAGUAAACGUUUUUCUUUAAAACUCGUUACUCUUACUGUAUGACGUAAAUAACAAAAUGAGAUUCGACCUCUGGAGACGACUAGAAGACGAGACGGCACGACAAACGAAAUACCACAUCCGCCGCUAGAGAUGAGCGAACUUACAGUAAAUUCGA